UAAACAAACUUAUAUAAGUUAUAUACUGCUGCAUUAGGGAAAAAAGGUCAAAUAACUGCAUGCGUCAAGAUAGCUGUAACCAACUACAGUAUUUAUUCCUCGAGCUUGGGCGUUUAAAUGAUGGGAAAAACAUACAAGGAGCCGAAGCCGAUCUUCUCUCUCUUGCUCUUUCUCUUCGCACAUCACGUGACUCCAGGACAUUUGAGCAGCGAUUUCAAUUGGACAGUCUGUACCUCACGUGACCGGCAGGGCUGUCUCUGCUCAAGUGACUUCAUCGUCAGAUGCCACAUGACUAACUUGUCAUACUUGGAACAUUUGAUCGAAUCUCCUGAGGUCGUUGAAAGGCUAAAUCUUUCUAACAACAAAAUACAAAGACUUCCACGUGGUUCGUUCAUAAGCUUCACUAACCUGACCUACUUGUCCUUGGCGUCGAAUAACAUUCAGACAAUCGGCGAGGGAGCAUUUAAUGGCUUGACGAAACUACUUGAGAUAGACCUCUCAGAUAACAACAUCACAGCCUGGAACACAUCUGGAAUAAAAAGAUACCUGCCUCAUCUUCGUUUCCUCAAUGUUGAAAAAAACCCAUUCUGGAUCCCUGACCAUCGCAUCCUUUCUCUACAAAAUCUUCAAGGGGUUGCUUUCCUCUUUAUCAAUGUGCAUUUUACUCCAUAUAACCUUAGAUGCUACUUAGUAAAAAACAGCGAGUCACUGAACCAAAACAAGUCUGAACCAUUUGACAAAACCACGAUGGCGAUGCCGGAAAAUACAACAUUAAUCAAGACCAAGAAUCCAAACGAACAACUUCGUGUCUUGACACCCUCUACAUGUUUUACACCAAAGCUGGUCUUCCGUGAUUCCAGCUUCUUAGAUGUGGUGGGUAAUCUCAGCUUUGGUUUUCGAUGCGAGAUGAUAUCGGGUUACAUAGAUCCAACAGUACGAAAAAAAAUCGCUUACAUCACCAAAGGAUCGACCUUCUAUAUUCUCAUGGUUGAGACUUGCUGGCACCUCGUAUCUUUGGUGCACAUCCUGACCUCUAUCGUUGGCAUUUUGUCUCUACUCUCCAACAUAGCAGUCAUUAUCACAACGUUGAGAAGCAGAGUUCUACGAGAGUCUGUAGCACACGUUCUUGUGGCUAAUAUCGCUCUAGGUGACCUGUUAAUGUCGUUUUAUUUGAUAAUCCUCGUGUCUACCAGACAGAGCAUGACCAAGAAAGAGUUUGAUGCUUUUUUCAAGUCAUACUUCUGUAGGAUUGUUGGUCUUUUAUUUCUCCUUGGUCAGAUUUCAAGUUCUUUGCUCUCGUUUGUCAUGACAUUAGAAAGGUACCUAGCCGUGGUUUACUGCAUGAGACCACACAUCAGGAUCACCAUGGCAACGUGUCGGGUUGCCACGAGCGGCAUGAUAUUUCUGUCUGUUUUAUUCACCUUGUUCAGUCUUCAAACUGCAGGAAACUUUACAGAUCCUGACUUGUCUAUCCUCUGUGUAAUACAAGAUGGAUGGGGAUGUAAUUGUUCAAGUGACAGUCGGCAUACGGCAGCCAAGUGUAACGUUGCUAUCUUGCCUCAUAUCGAUAGCUACAUCAAUGAUCCACAGUUCGUUCAACGAUUGGAUCUUUCCAACAACAAUAUCACAGAUGUUUUUUCAGGAGCAUUCUCGAACUUCACCGGGUUAAUUUACCUGUCUUUAUCUUCUAGUCGCAUAGCAGCGAUAAGAAACGAGGCGUUUCGAGGGUUGACAAGACUACAAGAACUAGAUCUCAGUCACAAUAAUAUCCAAUAUUGGGACACAUCUUUCCUUGCACGAAACCUGCCCAAUCUUAUUAUCUUGAACGUUGCACAAAACAAACACUGGAUGCCAGAUGAGCGUGCCCUUUCUGUAAGAAGCCUUGAAGUCGUUCAUGUUAUAUUGUCAGAGAUUCCUUUUAUAAAAAAUAUGUUCCUGAAUUGUUCUCUGGUGAAGGAUGCCUCACAUGCCAACGAAGAUGCCAAUGUAAUGAAUCCCAGGUACGCUUUACCUGGUCUCUAUCUUUGUAUUACUCCUAAAGUGGUGAUCAGGAAUACAAGCUUUGGGGAGAUUGCUGGUCGCUUUGGGUACAGCUUACGAUGCAAUGUUCUUGUCAAAACUACACCAGUCUUCGUUGUCACUUCGAGGGAAAAAAUGGAUAAGGAUAACGCAUGGUAUGAAGUAUUUCUGGAUUCUCCAUGUUGGAAGACCGUAAACAGUGUCCAUAUACUAACUCUGGUUAUUGGUAUUUUGGCAAUGUUCCUCAACUUGGCAGUGACAGGAACAACGCUUAGAAGCAGAGUUCUACGAGAGUCUGUAGCACACGUUCUUGUGGCUAAUAUUGCUGUGGGUGACCUGUUGGCGGCAUUUUAUAUGGUUGUAAUCAUCAUUACCAGACAGAGCAUGCCCAGUGCCGUAUAUCACUAUGCCUCGUUGUUACCGUACUACUGCAGGACUAUCGGGCUCUGUUUCCUGGUCGGUCAGUUCUCAAGCAUCAUGAUGUCAUUUGUCAUGACCUUAGAGAGAUACCUAGCUGUGGUAUACUGCAUGAGACCGCACAUCAGAAUCACCAUGCCAACGUGUCGGGUUGCCGUUGUGAUAGUGUGGUGCUUGUCGGUUUCAGCGGCCGUCAGUUUCAUGUUUUCACCAAAAUUUUCCGCUCGAGUCGACGAUAUAUGUAUUCCUGGGGAAAACAGCGAUGAUUUAAACAUCGUUGCUCUUGUCAGCUUGAUAGGUAUUCUCCUCUACGCUUCAUCUAUUGCGCUCUACUGUCAUAUUUAUAUCGACGUCAAAAAAACUAGCGAAAGAACUGAACUGCUGGAGAGAGAGUGCAGAUUGGCUCGACGAAUAGCAAUGGUAGUUUUCACAAACAUUAUCUUAUUUAUCUUGCCCCUGAUUGCAACAAGUAUAGUGAGUGUAUCACCGCUUAAUAAACGAAUUCCCCAAAAUAACAAGGAAAUUUUCUACAAAACGUUCGCAGUGACAUGUCUUGGGAUUAACUGCUGCUUCAAUCCCAUUCUAUUUUCAUUUCGUAAUGAAAAAUUUCGCUUCGAGUUCUCGAAGUUAUAUUUUCAACGUCCAAAUUCUGUGGCCCCGGAUACUUAAAGCUGUAGUAUUACAGCCACCGUGUAGGAUAGAUCUAUUUGUUUGGAAGUGGUAUAAUUUGUACUACUUGAAAAACAUUAUUAGCGUGAAUAUCAUUUCUCUUUGCCGAUUCAUUUAAAACAUUCCUUACUUUUAAAUGCAACAACAGCAAUUAUCGUUUUAGCAAUAUAGUGAAUAUUAAAGCAGCCGAAAUGGAAAGUAUCUCUAAUGUAAACAACUAGUGUGUGCGUGUGUGUGUGUGUGUAGGAUAGGGGGAGAGGCGUUACCUCCACCGGCUCCUACGUCGCUACCAAAUAAUACCUUUAAGUAUUAUUACUUUCUUUAACAGUGGUUAAACUCGCGUGUUUUUUUAAAGAGCUCAAAUAUUUUGAAGCUAUUUCAAAAUCCCACUCGAGUAAAUUGAUUCCCGGCCAAAUUGCAUUCGAAACCAUGAUAACCUAUACUAUUAUUAUACGACACACUCAAUUUCUUGGUAUUACAACGUAACCAUUUUUCAAGUGCAACUAUAGAGCGAUAAUACACGGUCUGUUAACCGGUUUGAACAGUUCGUGAAGCUGUAUUUUUUUCGCCCCUACGAGGCUCGAAAAAAUACGGCCGCUUUCACUCGUAACAUUAUCCGGCUGUGAUACACAACUAGCAGUAUAAUAACCUCUACCAACAGAAUAUGAACUAAGAGAAGGAAUCCUACCUAUAUAGCCUU